UUUUCCUAGGCUAGAGAUCAGCUGUCUAGCCUUGGUUGCGGUUGUCCCAAGAUAUUUUGCAUAUUGAAUGUUUUGCAUAAUUCUCAACAGCACUUUAAAUGUUAUUUUAAUGCCUGCUUCCUUUUGGACUUCUUGGACUUUCCAACUUUGGCACUUUUUCUUGUGUUUCUCGUAAAUGUUCCAAGUAAACCCAAGAUAAAAAAGGUAAAAACCAGGAACAGGACAAGGAAGAUUGAAGUGGUCUUGUCCCUUUAAUCUUUGGUGGGAGCUGUUUUCUGGAUUAUGGGCCCUGAGAAACUUGAGCACCUGAUCUAUAGGAUGCCAACCUCACCUCCAGCCUCCCCCAGCCUGCCCUUUUGCCCAACCUUUUCCUCUGUCUCGCCACCCGCGCCCCCCUGUUCCCCAUACCCCUCCCCGCCAUGUUCCCCUGGGCCGAGUGUGAAGGAGGAGGAUCGAGGGGUGACCCUACGCUCUCCAGCCACCCGACACCUCACCCACCUGGACCCCUGGAGGAGGCACAGCUGGGAGCCUGGCGCCGUGGCUACUGUGCAGCAGAAUGAAACGGAGGCCGGCGACAACCGCAGUGUGAGUCUGGAGGACCUGGAUCCUGAGGAGAUGAGGAUAGUCCUGGGGGCGGCCCUGGGCGUCCGGUUAGGGGGGAGGGACCCUCGGAGGACCCCCAUCACCCAGGAGGGCUCCCUGUCCUCGCUCACCGAGGAGGAGGCGGGAUCCGAUGCACAGCACUACUCUGUAUUGGAGGAGCAGGCCAACCAUCUGCAGGGCUGCAGUGCCUCAGCUCCGACCCUAAGUGUGGUACACCGCAGCCUACCGCACAGCAGGGACCCGCGACCGCGCUCCAACUGUUACGAGACUCUCCCCUAUGGUCAUCUCUGUGGAUCCAACCAGAGUGUGGAUAGUGACCCGGGUCAGUUCUGGGGAAGCUGGACAGAGAUUGACCAAGACAAGGCCCAUGAAGAGUGUACAGGGAGUCCUUUGAAGCGCACCCUCAGUUUUCUACUCAAAAUGGCUGGCAAUCGCAAGAAUAAGGAGAAGGAGCGCAUGAGGGAGAGGGAGAAAGAGGCGCGGGAGAGGGAGGCGCGCUACAGCAAUGGGCACCUCUUCACCUCCCUCACCGUGUCAGGGACCACCCUCUGUUCGGCGUGUAACAAGAGCAUUACGGCCAAGGAGGCCCUCAGCUGCCCCACCUGCAGCGUCACCAUUCACAACCGCUGUCGAGACACAUUGCCCAACUGUGCCAAAAUGAAACAGAAGCAACAGAAGAUGGCUCUCAUGAGGAACAACUCAGCUCUGCAGAACGUAACCCUUCGUACCAAACAACCCCUGAUGAGGGAACGACCCAGUUCGGCCAUCUACCACUCGGAAAACCUCCGCCAAUCUCUGCUGGGCUCACGUCGCGGACGCUCCAGCCUCUCCCUCUCCAAGAGUGUCUCCACAAAUAACAUUGCAGGGAACCUGAAUGACGACUCUCCCCUGGGGCUGCGCAGGAUCCUGUCCCAGUCCACCGACUCCCUGAACUUCCGGAACAGAGCCAUGUCCAUGGAGUCCCUCAACGACGAAGGGGAGGUGUACUACACCUCCAUGUUGGAGGAAAUGGAGCUGGAGGGCCGGGAUUUUGAGGCCGACUCGUGGAGCAUGGCGGUGGACUCCAGCUACCUGCAGACACAUCGCAAAGACGUCAUCAAGAGGCAGGACGUGAUCUACGAGCUGAUCCAGACGGAGCUUCACCACGUGCGGACCCUGCGCAUCAUGGAGAGGGUGUUCCGCCAGGGCAUGUUGGAGGAGGUGCAGCUGGAACCGGGCGUGGUACACGCCAUCUUCCCCUGCCUGGACCGUCUCACUGCCAUCCAUUCCCGUUUCCUGGCCCAGCUGCUCAACCGCCGCAACCACAGCCUGCAGCCCGGCAGCACUUGCAACUUCACCAUCCACCAGCUGGGAGAAGUUCUGCUGGAGCAGUUCUCAGGUCAGAAUGCUGACGAGAUGAGGAAGACCUACGCCGAGUUCUGCAGCCGCCACCUGAAGGCUGUGAAACUGUACAAGGAGCUACUGGCCAGAGACAAGAGGUUCCAGUACUUCAUACGGCGGGUGUGUCGGGGUCAUCUGCUGCGACGCCACGGCAUCCAGGAGUGCAUCCUGCUGGUGACUCAGCGUAUCACCAAGUAUCCAGUCCUGAUCCAGCGUAUCCUUGACAACACCAAGGACAACGAAGAGGAGGCCUCCUGUCUCGCCCAGUCACUGAUGCUGAUCAGGGAGCUACUCAUCUCCGUGGACCAACAGGUGAUGGAGCUGGAGCGGACCCACAGGCUCCAGGAGAUCCAGGCAAAGCUGGACCCCCGGGCGGAGGCCAAGGUGAGGGACGGGGGCCUGUUCAGGGGAGGAGAGCUGCUCCGCAGAAGACUCAUCCAUGAAGGAAUGCUCCUGUGGAAGACUCCGGGAUCCAGGCUGAAAGAUGUGCUGGUGCUGCUGAUGUCAGACAUCCUGGUGUUCCUACAGGAGAAAGACCAGAGAUACAUUUUCCCCUGUUUAGAUAAGUCUCCCAUCCUCUCUCUUCAGAACCUCAUGGUGAGGGAGAUAGCCAAUCAGGAGCGAGGGCUCUUCCUCAUCAGUGACUCCUCACCUCCGGAGAUGUAUGAGGUCCAUGCUGCCUCGAAAGAUGACAAAAACACCUGGAUGCGCCUCAUACAACAUACUGUCAGCAGUUGUCCUUCCAGGGAAGAGUUCCCACUCAUAGAGACUGAAGACAAGGCCCUUCUGAGACGACUGAAAGCCGACAUCCAGCAGAAGGACAGGGAGGUGCUGGAGCUUCUUCAGGAGCGCGUCACCCUGUUCUCCGACUUGGCCGAGGUCACGGGGGGUCUGGAGGUAACGCUGCCGGGAGGCGUCAACUCCCGAAACCUGUUCCGGGCCAACACGCCCCAGGCGCUACGCGGCGAGAGGCUGCUCACUGAUGCCAUCUCAGAGGUGGAUAGGCUAAGUGAGCUGCUACUUGGCUCCACCUUAGAAGUGCCUCUGCCAUGCAGUUCCAACGGUCUCCCGAACCACACGGGGGCGCUGUCGAUCAAUGGCCAGGAAGUGGUUUUCAAUGGAACACACGUGUCGCCAGCAGCAAAGGACCAGAAUGGCAAUCAGCCAGGUGAUAGGCCCCGAACUGAGGAAGUGUCCCAGAGGCUGGUAAACCUUAGCGCCCAUCUUCAUGCUCUCCAGGGCACUGUGAUAAAGCAGGACUCCAUCCUGGAGCUCUACCUGUGCUCUGAGGCUCUGCCUGUUGCUGCCCCAACCACACCCACUGGCCGGGCCUGGCACUCUCUGUCCCGUGACAUGGGCGCGGCUGAGGCAAGUUCGGGGUCGCCAGUAGGAGAGCUGGCCUUGCUCCAGAGGCAGCACACCCUCCUGCAGGAAGAGCUUGUAAGGCUGCGAGGAGCUGAUGCCCGCCUGAGAGACAGCGAGAAGUCCCGCAUCCAGCUGGAGAGGCAGGUCCGAGACAUGAAAACCCGCAGUGCAGCCCUGGUGGACAGCGUUGGAACCGCAGGCUCUGAGCAGGCUCCACUCAUUCGCAGAGCAAGUGAUAGCAAUGCAGACAGCCAAUUGGCCGGCCAGGAGUCAGUCGACCAGUCAGAAGGGUGUCACGAUUGCAGUGACGUGGAGGUGGAGGUGACGUCAGAUGAGGAGGAGGAGGAGGACGAUGACGAGGCAGCUAAAACAUCGCCGCGCUCGGAAAGUCCCCGGGAUCUUCAGGACAUUCCAGAAGAGGGUGAAGCCCCAGGAGAACCUCCCAGAGAAACUGAAAUGUCACACUGCUAAUGGCCCUCAGAAAAGACUCAAAAACUAGAGCCAACUACCCCUAGUCUUAAGAAUAAGCCGAAGAAAAUAACAUGAACUUGUGAAAUAGUCUUCCUAUUUUCACACUAAAAAGGAGGUAACAUACAUAGAUACACACAGGGCAUGAGGGGUUAUUGUAUGUGGUGGGUAUAUCAUGUCUAAGAACUACAUGCACCUCAUUGUGCUUAUAAAUUGCCCUUAGCUGUGACAUGCAUACAUAUAGUACCAGUAAAAAGUUUGGACACACCUAGUUAUUCAAGGGUAUUUAUUUAGUUCAACAAUUUUCCAUAUUGUAGAAUAAUGUUUCAUAGUUUUGAUAGUGAAGACAUCAAAGAUAUGAAGUGACACAUUUGGAAUAAUGUAGCAAUCAAAAAAAAAGUGUUAAACAGAUCAAGAUACAUUUCACAUUGCAGAAUCUAAAAUAUAUAAAUUCCACACAUGAUUCCAUGUGUUAUUUCAUAGUUUUGAUGUCUUCACUGUUAUUCUAAAUUGUGGAGCCAAGUAAAAUAAAGAAAUACCUGUGAAUGAGUAACUGUGUCCAAACUUUUGACUGGUACUGAACUCACACACACCCACAGUAGCCAGUUUAUUAGGUACAUCACCCACUUGCACCAGAAAAGGCUGAAUUCCUCUGGCAGGUAUUCUGCAAGGUUUUGCACUGUAAAAUGUUCCCAGUGAUGCUGGUCAAUGUUGAUGGGACGGCAUCGCACAUUUGCUGCAGAUUGGACGUCGGAACCUUCGUGCUGUGGAACAGUGUUCCGUGUCACCCCAAAGAGGCUAUUGAGGUCUGGGUAGGCCAUUCAAGUAAACUGAACUCACGGUCAUCUUCCUGGAACCGUUCUUAGACUGUGCGUUUUGUGACAUGGCCCAUUAUCCCGUUGGAAGGACCCCCAUGAUGGGGGAACCGUGCCUGUGAAGGGUCGGGCCUGGUAAGGAACAAUGUUCAGAUACGCUGUGGCGUUCAAGUGUUGCUCAACUGGUAGUAAGGGACCUAACGUGUGCCAGGAAAUCACUGUUGUGCUUCCUGGACAUGCCGUUCUGCGCAACACUGUUUUACUGUCAGUACUGCACCUGUUUGUCGUUUGCCUGCAUGAUUCUGUUUCUGCCCCCAGGACAGUUCUUAGAUAUUGUUGUACUCGAGAAACCCAGGAGGGCGGCCGUUCCUCAGAUACGGGAAUCAGCGUGCCGAUCACCGACAAUCAUACCAUGCUCAAAGUUACAGUACCAAAUGCCUCAAUGCUCGUUUGAGUGCAGUAUAUAGCAAGCCACGGUGACAUGUCAUGGACGAGGUGCUCCACCUAGAACUGGUGUAUGCGUUAUUCGUUCCGUGGCGUUUGCUUUGCAAUACAUGAGACUUAUCUGACCAUUCGUUAUUCAUAUUCUUUUGUGUUUCUUGCCUGGGAUUAUUUUUGAAUUAUAACUGCUCCAAUCUAGAAUCGAAGCUGGACCAAUGAGGACCUAUAAAAUACAGGAAAUGGACAGCAAAUAAAAAAAAAAGCAGGGACUGGAUAACCGACCAGAUGGGCUUCAUCAACUCAAGUGAUGGACGCUGUGUUAAUGGUGCUGUGUGGCUGCUCCUUUCAUUAGGAUGUCAGAUAGGACAUGUAUAUACAGUAUAGCGGUUUUUCCUGAGACAGAGACAUCUGCAAAACACACAUCCCGGACACACACAGACACUUGGGUCCUUUACGUUUUAAUAAGUAGAACUAUGUAAUUCUUAACACUGUUUAUGCGAAUAGUUUGUGUUUAUUUAUUCUUCCUUUCGUAUUUAAGCAGGUAAGUUAAGAGUGACUGGAUACAAAAAUAGAAAUUUAACUGUCCCUUAAUGACUUGUGAAACCACAUGGUAUCAUUGACUUUCUUACAUGCUGCAUGAACUGUAGGAUCAUUUCCUUAGUGGCACAUGCAAGCGCUGUAUGCAGUAUAUGCAGAUAUUACUUGGGACAGUUAAUUCUUAAUUUCACGUGAUUGCCAGAAACACUGUUACUGCAUGGUUAAGUAAAUACAUGGUAGUAAGGAAGCAAAGUUGAAUCCCGAUGGACAAAAUAACCCAAUCACUAUGGUGUCUCUACAUAUACUGUAUGAUGUGUAGUUUACAAUUUCAAGUAGAUCAUGUAGUUAGAAAACAUAGGCAAUCAAUAUCACUUAUGUUCUGUAUUUUAAUGACAAAUGUGAAGAUUGAACUUUGGGAAUGUGCCAUGUCACCCAUUCUGAGAUGCCUUGAAAGAUUGGUGGAAUCAAACAUGUUGUGCCCAACAUAGCGGUCCACUUUCCUAAGGACUUUGGGUUCUGUUUUGGAGUAACGGACAGCCAGUCAACUAUUAUUUGUCUUUACAUUAUUUUGAAACUGAUUUAAUUGUUGUAAUAUUGUUUUUAUUAUUGUCUGUUAAUUUACACGUUUAGCAUAUUUUGCUGGCUUGCAUAGUGUACAUAAAUCUGGAAUAAAAUGA